AUGCGGUGGAGAUCCCCUGCCGUGCUGCAGCUGCGGCUGUGGCUGCUCGCCGUCUCCGCGUCGUCGGCUGCCCUUGGUGUUCUUGCGGCUGAUCUUAGCAAAGAACCAUUUACUAUCCGUAUAAGCUGUGGAAGUUUCGAUGAUGUCCGGACGGCGCCUACAAACACAUUGUGGUACAGAGACUUUGGUUAUACUGGAGGCAGGUUUGCAAAUGCCACUCGUCCAAGCUUUAUCAUUCCUCCCCUGAAAACGCUUCGAUAUUUCCCGCUAUCUGAUGGCCCUGAAAAUUGCUACAACAUCAACAAUGUUCCCAGCGGCCACUAUCAAGUUAGGCUUUUCUUUGCGUUACUGGACAACCCUAAUCUUGACAGCGAGCCGAUUUUCGAUGUUUCUGUUGAGGGUACUCUUUUCAGUUCUUUGCUUCUGGGCUGGAGCAGCGACGAUGAGAAGACAUUUGCAGAAGCUUUGGUUUUUGUCCAGGACUCAAGCUUAUCAGUUUGCUUCCAUAGCACAGGUCAUGGUGAUCCAUCGAUUCUUUCUAUUGAAGUUCUACAAAUAGAUGACAAUGCCUAUAACUUUGGCCCACCAUGGGGAAAGGGGGCAGUGCUUAGAACAGCCAAAAGGUUGAAAUGUGGCUCUGGAAAGCCUGCCUUUGAUGAAGAUCUUAAUGGGAUUCGCUGGGGUGGGGACAGAUUCUGGUUAGGAUUGCAAACUUUAUCAUCCAGUUCUGAUGAUCAAUCAAUAUCAACUGAGAAUGUUAUAGCAGAGACAUUGCUCGCACCAAAUUUUUACCCUCAAAGCAUAUACCAAUCAGCUAUCGUGGGCACUGAUAGGCAACCGAGUUUGUCUUUUGAAAUGGAUGUUACUCCUAACAAGAACUAUUCAAUAUGGCUUCACUUUGCAGAGAUUGAUAAUGGGGUAACUGCAGAAGAACAAAGAGUAUUUGAUGUACUCAUCAAUGGAGACACUGCUUUUAAGGAUGUAGAUAUAAUUCGCAUGACAGGAGAGCGUUUUACUGCACUUGUCCUGAAUAAAACUGUUGCUGUCAGUGGAACAACACUAAAAAUCAUCUUGCAACCUGUGAAAGGAACCCAUGCUAUUAUUAAUGCCAUUGAGGUGUUUGAGAUAAUCCCAGCUGAAAAGAAGACUUUGCCUCAGGAAGUGAGUGCAUUGCAAACGUUGAAGGGUUCACUUGGUCUUCCUCUUCGACUUGGCUGGAAUGGUGACCCCUGUGUUCCUCAGCAGCAUCCAUGGAGUGGAGUUGAUUGCCAGUUUGAUAACACCAAAGGGAACUGGAUCAUUGAUGGAUUAGGUCUUGACAACCAAGGUUUAAAAGGGGUCAUACCUAGUGAGAUAUCUAAGCUGCAACAUCUGCAAAACAUGAAGUAG